AUGGACUUCAAUCCGGAUCGGCCUCGUUUUGAUCAGUCAAGGUUCAUCGGCAGACUGCGACAUUUUGCAGGCAUCACAGACCCUUUUAUCGCAUUUACACCGGAAUCGCAGUUGAUGGCAGCGAAGAGGCUAAUGGACAAGUGCAGAUCAGGUGGGGAGCUUCCGGCUACGCUCCCAGAACUGCAUCGUGCUCAACGACUAUUUCAGUCCGCUUUCCAUCCAGACACAGGUGAACUUCAAAACUUCGCCGGGCGAAUGUGCUUCAAUGUAUGGGGUGGAACAAUGCUGUGUGGUGCUAUGAUGAUUUGGUACAAAUCUACGCCAGCUGUGAUAUUUUGGCAAUGGGCCAAUCAGUCUUUCAAUGCUCUAGUUAACUAUACUAAUCGAAAUGCUAAAAGUGCUAUGACUACUCAGGAUCUUCUGGUGGCUUAUACGACUGCUGUUAGUGGAGCGUUGGCAGUGGCUAUUGGACUGAAGCAGUAUUUCAUGAAGCGUGAAGUUAGCACUCUUGCACAGAAAUUGGUUCCGCUUGCGGCAGUUGCCGUUGCAAACGCCAUCAAUAUACCUCUGAUGCGACAAAAGUAA